AUGCUUCUCUUUUUCCUUAUUCCAGUUGUAAAUUUAUGUAUUCCUACUCAACAAGUGGAAACCACUUCUACGACAACUACGACAACCACAACAACAUCCACGACCACAACGACUCCUAGUGUUUACUGCUGUUGGAGAUCGCACAGUUGCGGACAGUGCUGUGCUGCGGAGGGAGCAGUCGUUAGUGGAGUUCAGAAUCAAGCUGAGUUACAAUACAUGCAAGAUUCAUACGUCUCGCUUUACGGUUCUGAAACGGGAUCAUUUUGGGUUGGUGCUAAAAGGACGGCCGCAUGUCUUGAAUCGCAAUUGACCUUAACAUGUAACGCACUGAAUUCUCUUGAAUGGACAGACGGCUCGACGACCGGUACCGAUGGAUUUUUGUGGAGAAACGGAGACCCGAACAAUGGAGGGAUUUAUUACCCAGCGUAUAAGGAUAAUUGUCUCGCUGUUGACGCCAGAGUGGGUUUAUUGGCUGAUCAACCAUGCGGAACAGCACAUUACAUGGGAUAUGGGUGUGGAAAAACGCCAAUGUGAUUCCCCACAAUGAAUAAUAAUUUAUUUAUUAAUAAAUGAAUGAUAUUGAAAUGUGUAAAAUGUGUAAAUGUGUAUUAGGGUGAUCAGUAAAUCGUGUCGUUUCUUGGUGA